AUGGAUUCUCAGAGAAAUUUUGUUGACUUCAUAAAAAUUGCUGUAUUUCACUAUGGCCAUUGGGUGACCCUAAUUAUGGUGCUGAUCGCAGGCAUAGGAGGCACGUCUCUUUUUGCACUGGGAUAUAUCAUGAUCACCUUCUGGAUCUUAUGGCAGGGCAAUAACUUGUAUGUGAUGAACCCCCUAUCGAACAGUUUUAAGAGCACGUUAGCGAAAUGGAAAACUUUGCUCUCUUACACUAUAUUCACAAUGUUUUGUAAAGUGGCACUUCAGCUUGUUGGAUGUGUUUUUGUGGAAUGGUUUUUUGACGACGGAGGUAUAAACAAGUCGAUGAGGUGUACUGUUCGACAGUUGUUCAGUGUUGCCUGUGUAAAUUCUGUAGUGCAAGCUCGAAAAGAUGAGGGAACAGGACCUCUCUUUCCUCAUGUAUGCUCAGUUGUCCCUCACGAGGCACAAAUCGGUUUUGAUGCAAUAGCACUUGCAUUCCUUGUUUUCCAAAUUCGUAUAUUCCAUACGUGGUUCUUCCAGCAUUGUAUGGUUGAGUAUCGGUCCGAAAUCAUUCUAGCAAACAGAGGAGCAGUGCUGAAAAACCAACUGAUCGAAAAGGAGAUGAAGGAGCAGAAUGAUCAGCAAACGGCGAAGUUUAAUGAAAUCCGUAAACGAACACAAAUGAUUCGUGAAAGGUACAAUAAGCAAAUGGAAAAAGGUGUUAGGAUCUUUGAGCCUCAAACUUAUGCACAUGCAAAACGUGCCGGGGACUAUUACAUGUUCGACUAUGAUCCUAACACGGAUGAGUUGGUUAAACCUGUUGAAAGCUUUGUGCCUGAAGUAACACCAGGUGCUACGCGAUUCGAGAAACUGGAUCCAGGACAGGUGGUGUAUGCGGCAACAAGCCACGAUCUAAAUUUGGCGAGAACACUUGAACAGGUUAAAGAAGCCGAAAAACUCAAGGAGAAUGAAGAGAGAAUGAUUCAAGCGAUGAAAGAUGGCGACAGCGAGGAUGAGGUCUUGACAAUUAACGCUAUGGACAUGGUGAGCGCGUGGCUUAACCGACUUUCAAGAGAACAUCGAUAUGUGGCCUAUGUUCUAAGCAAGGAAAAAGUGAAACUAAAAGAAGGACACAGUGAUGAGCUCUCAAAUACCUCUCAACGGCUUACUGACUUACGGCAGAGGAUGAAUAUCUCGGGACUGUUGUUGGUGCAAAGCGAAGGCGACAUUCAGAAGAUGGAAUCUGCUGCAUUAAACGAUUGGCAACAACAGUCUGUUUUGGCCAGAUUCAUGAAUGCCUUAGGUAGUUGUAUCGCAGCAAACACGGAUCUUAUCUGCUAUUUUCUUGCCGUGAUGGCUCAUGCGAGUGGAGCUGGUGUCAUUACCCUCCCGUUGCCAUUAAUGGUAUUCUUUUGGGGAACAUUAUCGAAUCCUCGUCCAAGCAAGUUCUUCUGGGUUUCGAUGAUAGCUUACACAGAGUUCGUGAUUGUUACGAAAUUCGUGUGUCAAUUCACAAUCUUCGAUUUCAAUAGUAUUUCAACACAGUCGAAACAGGUGCUUGGAGUUCAACGGCAAUCAAAUUUUGCCGCAUACGACGUUCCUUUAUUGUUUGCUCUCUUCUUCCAUAGAUAUAUGCUAAGAAAACUUGGGCUUUGGAAGGUAAAGGUCUUAUUCAUUGACGCAGGAUCACAAUCUUUUAAAUUGGCACCACGUGCUGAAGCUGCAGUAGCUGAUCCUGAAGUAGGCAAAAACCCUGUCACUCGUUUCAUCUUGCAGCUUUUUAAACCAAAAUUCCGCUACAUACGUGAUCUCUAUCCGAUCAUGUUUGGACUAGAUGUGGUGGCAUUUAUCAUCAUUGCUUUUGGAUAUUCCGCUUUCGGUGAAGGUGGGUCGGGCAAUGUCAUCGGUGACAUACAAUCUAGUCGAAUUCCACUCACAUUUGUCGUAAUGUUAGUGGUAAUGACGCUCAUGAUUGUCAUUGAUCGCGGACUCUACCUACGCAAGUGCGUAUAUGGAAAACUCGCCUAUCAGCUUGUAAUAAUUGUUUUCUUACAUAUCUGGAUCUUCUUCAUCUUGCCGCAUCUAACGCGAAGAGCUGCUGCGGAGAAUACUGUAGCUAAAGCACUGUAUGUGGUAAAGUGUCUGUACCUGUUGGUGUCAGCAUGGCAAAUUCGAAAUGGCUACCCUCAGCUGUGUAUCGGUAAUCUGCUAACACAUGCAUAUGGCCUAGCCAACAUGGUUUUCUUCAAAGUAUUCAUGUUGGUUCCGUUCUUAUUCGAGCUUCGAACUGCAAUCGAUUGGACGUGGACCGACACCUCGAUGCCACUCUUCGAUUUCUUCAACAUGGAAAAUUUCUAUGCUGUAAUUUAUAACCUCAAAUGUGCUCGAACCUUUGAGCAAAGUUAUCCUGCUCCUCGUGGAUUACCCAAAGGAGUCAUCGUUAAAUAUCUCAUGGGACUGCCAAUGAUUUUAUUAAUUGUUUUUCUUGUUUGGUCGCCGUUGCUGUUGAUUGCAUGGUCCAUCUCUCAGGGAUUGAUUAACGUCGAGAGUUUUAGCCUUUAUUUAACCUUUUAUAUUAUUGUGAGAGAUUUUCCUGAAAUUACACCUUACACAUGUUAUCUCAGGUAUUUCCCAUCAUCAAAUGGUACUGAUUCGAUGAAACGUUCACGGGAUAGUGUUUCAUUCUUGAAGGAAUACACUACAAGCGAUAUAUUGGUGAUUACAUUACAUGUUUUUAUCACUGCUUUCAGCGAUCAACUCAAAGGUGUCUCAUCGAUUCACUUCAUUGUGGCGGUGGAAUUCACACGACCUUAUGAUGAGAAGAAGAAAGAGGCAGCAACGCACAGCACACAGUGGACGCUGGCGCUUGAGCCAAACACAACAUUACGAAAUCAGUGGAUAAAUAUCCUACAGAAUCCAGGAAUUUCGCUGCCGGAAGCGUUUCCAAGCUACAUGCUUGUGCCUAACGAAGGAGCGGUCAGUCUUCCAACACCUAUUGUGGCAACGAUAGUGUACAAUCAAGACAACUAUCAACGGCCGGACAAUGCUUCCGACAAGGAUUGGUUCGACACGUUGCGAUUAUCGUUAUUGAAAUCACAAUGUUUAACGUUUUCUCAACAUCCUCCACAAUACACUAAUGUCUACUUCAACGCGUCAAAUAUCACGUAUGGAGUACAUCGUGACCGUACUUAUGUACAAACGAUAGCGUUUGUUGACAAAGCAUUCCCAUCGUUCUUUGCAAAAUAUCUUCAAGGAGGUGUAAUUGCAAUGUAUAUAUCAUUGGUGAUCGUCGUCGGUCGCUUAAUUCGUACUUUGUUUGCAAAUUCCCCAACUGAUGUGAUGGUGACGGAAAUUCCCAAUCCAGAUUUCUUGUUGAAGAUUUGCCUUGAUAUUUACCUCGUAAGAGAAGCGAAGGAUUUCUGUUUAGAACAGGACUUAUUUGCCAAACUAAUAUUUUUGUUCCGAUCUCCUGCAACGUUGAUUCAGUGGACGCGGCAUAAACCGAAACGUGAAUGA